UAAGCCGCCCCUUCCCUGCCACCCUCUCUUUCCGCCGUCCCUCUCGGGCGGGAGCGCAAUUCGCGAGCAGGGUUGCACUUUCCAGGAGGGAUGGUCGGGGUGGAACGCGGGGUCGCAUCUGCAAGAUUUCCCUGCCCGGAAUCUGUCCCCACGCCUCCUCUUCUCACCCCGCUCCUCCCCGCCGUCAGCCCCCUCCUCUUCCAUCUGGGAGGUGAGCCAGGGCUGCCCUUUCUAGAAAAAACUACCCCGCUCCACCUUUUCAUCCCCCCUGGCCCGCCACAGGCCGGCUUGUGGCAGCGGGCUCCCUCUCCGUCCCGGCUUUUCUCAGAAAAGCUUGAUUGGGCCGGAGCUUCCCCUAGAAAGCGUGCCUGGGUGAGGAGGCCAGGAGCCACUUUCCAGUUACUUGAUUUUAACAUGGGUUCUCAUUCAUCUUCACCCCUUUCUCUUACCCCUCCGUCCCCGUCCCCCUCCGCCCUUGGUCUCAGAGACUUCACAGUGGGGACUCGGGUUCACACUUCCGGAAUAGGUGGUCUGAAACGCGGUUCAAGUCCCCAGAGCCCAGGGAGGGAACUGCGCAUUUUCUCCGUUCGAGAAAUGAAAUCCACUCCCGCCCAGUCUGCCUUCUUCCAUCUACUAGCAGCUGCAGGCCGCAGGCCAGUUUGGCACAAACAUCAAGGAACCCCACUUCUUCACCGGGGGAGCGGAGGGAUGACUGGGGCUAGAAAGUGUGCAGUGAGAAAUUAGGCCGGCGUCUUCCUUCUCCGACCCCGCCUCCCUCUUCCCCCAGGAAAGGAAAAGGCUGCCUCUGCGUUAGGAAAUUCCACCUCGAUCGAGGUCCCAAAGCCGAGCAGCCGAUCCUUCGAAAAAGAGGGAGGGGCUCAAUGACACAGAGGAAGGAAAUGUUUCAUAACGCUUCCCCAGGCGGAAAACCACGGGGACAAUGGUGAGAACGACCGCCGCCCCCCAUUCCAGAUGCAAUACACCUCAAUUGAUAAUUCUCAAGAAGCCUAUAGCAAAUUAAGUAUUCAACAAGUGACAAUGAGAUGAAAGAAUCCAGUCGUACACAAGAGCUAUUAGCAUUGUUUCAGUGUAAACAUUCUAUACAGAAAUGAUUGAUAUAUUUAUUCCAUAAACAUGUAAUGAAUGCUGUUAUUCAUAUUUUCAUGCCAUAGGAUUUACCAACUAGGCAUAGAAAAGCUGUUUAGUAUUAGUGCUCCUUUUGGGAACAUAUGUUGUAAAAUAAUAUUGGACAAAUGCAUAUUUUAUUUGAUUAUAAAUGGGAAAAUAGAAAAAAUCUAUUUUAAGCAGCUUAUAUACCCAGAAAUAAUAACAAAUAUUGAAGACAGAAAAAUGAACAUAAAUUACAUUUGGAUUUACAAUUGCUGUGAUCCCAGAGUCCCACAUUUCCAAGAAUCUGUCCAAGCCUCAAAUGUCCCAGAUGGUAAAGCAAAAUUGGGGGCUAAGAAAUGAUUCUGACCCAUAUUUUUUAAUAAAAUUCCUUUUGGCAUUAUAACUGUCUAAUUUUUUGAUAGGUAUGUUGUCACAGACUUGUCACUGCUGUUGUUUCCAAUGAUGAAAUUUUAUUUAAAUUCUGAAUGGGAAUUUUCUGUCAAUAAAAAAUUCCACCUUAAAAGA